AUGUUCUUCUCCGGGUCUAAUUCCGUAAACAUUCUCUACACAUAAACUCUCAGUUCAGUGAACAGCUAAUCUAAAACCCUAAUCAUACCAACAAUUCCGUUACACUAUUAUUGCAGUCUUCUUCAUCAUUGCUUACUACAUGCCUCACACUUCAAUUGACAGAGGAGCUUGAAGACCCGUUGAAGUUACUCGGAUCCUUAUUUUCGGAUCUUCAAAACAAUGGCGGACUCUCUCAUUUCCGUUGCCGCUUCCGUCUCUACUCAGUCCACCAAAAUACGAGUCCGGAUUUUCCGAGAUGAUAUACCUUCGAUUCUCAGUAGCAUUUCAGAGAUGACUCCUGAGACUUCUGCAUUGUUGGUAGAUAUAAUUUUUACGACGCUAUGUAUAUAUGAGGACCGUAGAUCGAGGAAAGCUGUUGACGACUUGAUUGUAAAAGCUUUAGGUGAAACCUUAUUCAUGAAAAGUUUUGCUGCAGCCCUUGUUCAGGGCAUGGAAAAGCAGUGCAAGGUUCAAUCUUAUGUUGGUUGCUAUAGACUUCUCAAGUGGUCAUGUCUUUUGUUAAGCAAGAGUCAGUUUGCUGCAGUUUCAAAGAAUGCAGUAUGCAGAGUUGCUGCAGCACAAGCAUCUACUCUUACUUUAGUUAUUCAUAGAUCUUUUCGUGAGCGAAGAGCUUGCAAGAAAUUGUUUUUUCAGUUAUUUUCACAGUCGCCGGACAUAUAUAGAGUCUACAUUGAGGAAUUAAAGGAGUCACGAAUUCCCUACAAAGAUAGUCCUGAAUUGAUGUCGCUAUUACUGGAGUUUUCAGUUGCAUCUUCUUCUUUUGGACAAUACAAGCAAAUUUUUUUAGACACAUAUGUUAAGUCGGUUUUAAAUGCCAAAGAAAUGCCUGCAGCAAUCCUUAGUGAAUCUUUCCAUCCACUAUUUAUCCAUUUAUCACAUGAAGAUUUUCAGAGUGUUGUCAUUCCUUCUGCAGUAAAAAUGCUAAAGCGCAACCCUGAGAUUGUGUUCGAAUCAGUUGGAGUUCUUUUAAAAUUAGUUGACCUUGAUUUAAGCAAAUAUGCCAAUGAACUUCUUUCCGUAGUAUUAUCUCAGGCUCGUCACACAGAUGAAAGUAGAAGACUUGCGGCAUUGGCCAUAGUGAGAUGUUUGAGCCAAAAGUCAAGUAAUCCAGAUGCUAUGGAAUCAAUGUUCAAUGCUGCUAAAUCUGUAAUUGGAGGCUCAGAAGGAAGACUUCAAUUUCCUUACCAAAGAACUGGCAUGUUCAAUGUCAUUCAAGAGUUGUCAUAUGCUCCUGAUGGGAAAUAUUUAAGCAAGCUUUCAGUUACAAUAUGUGGGUUUCUCUUGUCUUGCUACAAGAAUGAGGGAAACGAAGAGGUCAAGCUUGCAAUUUUGUUUGCUAUUGCAUCUUGGGCAGCAAGAUCUGCUGAUGCAGUUCAGCCAGAUCUUGUCUCUUUUAUUGCUUCUGGUCUCAAAGAGAAGGAGGUUUUAAGAAGGGGUCAUCUUCGAUGUCUACGGGUCAUAUGCAAAAAUGAUGAUGCUGUUUUACAGAUAUCCUCUUUGCUUGGGCCUCUCAUUCAACUUGUUAAAACUGGUUUUACGAAAGCAGUUCAGCGUUUGGAUGGUGUGUAUGCUUUACUUAUUGUUGGGAAGAUUGCUUCUGCUGACAUCAAAGCAGAGGAGACUCUGGCAAAGGAAAAAAUCUGGUCUCUGAUAUCUCAAAAUGAGCCUUCACUUGUCCAAAUUUCUAUGGUUUCGAAGUUGUCAGCCGAGGACUGUGCAGCAUGUGUUGAUCUUCUGGAGGUGCUCUUUGUUGAACAUUCACGCAGAGUGUUGGAAGCUUUUCCCGUCAAAUUACUGUUACAGUUAGUAGUCUUCUUACUAUGCCAUCCAAGUUGGGACAUUCGGAAAAUGGCACAUAAUGCUGCCAGGAAAAUAGUUUGUUCCGUUCCACAAUUAUCUGAAGCGCUUGUAACAGAGUUUACAAAUUUUCUUUCUGUAGUUGGAGACAGAGUUGCUUUAUUGAAAUCAAGGGACACAGAUUCUUCAAUCGACACUCAAAUUCCUUUUAUUCCAUCCGUCGAGGUAUUAGUGAAGGCUCUCGUAGUGAUAUCAUCUGCGACUUGUGCUAACUCUCCAAGUAUAUCCAUGCAAAUUUUAUUAUGCUCGCAUCAUCCAUGCGUUGUUGGCACUGCAAAGAAAGAUGCAGUUUGGAAGAGAGUCCGCAAAUGUUUGCAAACACUUGGAUUGGAUGUCUUUGGCAUUAUUUCUGCAGAUGUUGCGGUUUUAUGCAAGGGUCUACUAGGGCCGAUGGGGUUGAUGAGUUUGAAUGUCUCUGAACAAGAAGCGGCUAUUAAUUCUCUAUAUACUUUGAUGUCAAUUACGCCCCGAGAUACCUAUUUGGAGUUUGAACAGCACUUAACAAAUUUUGAAGACCGUUAUUUACAUGAUAUGCUUUCGGAAAACGAAAUUCAGAUUUUCCGUACUUCUGAAGGAAUGAUUUCCACUGAGCAAGGUGUUUAUGUUGCAGAGUCUGUUGCUACUAAAAACACAAGACAGGCCAAAGGCCGUUUCCGUAUGUAUGAGGACCAAGAUGACAUGGAUCAUAUUAGCUCUAAUCAUUCUGUCAAGAGAGAACCAACUGGUAGAGAAGCUGGUGUGGGGAAAAAAGAUGCUGGGAAGUUAACAAAGAAAGCUGAGAAAGGAAAGACGGGAAAAGAAGAGGCACGUGAACUAUUGCUGAAAGAGGAGGCAUCAAUACGUGAGAAAGUUCAGAGUGUGCAGAACAAUUUGUCUUUAAUGCUCAGAGCACUUGGAGAAAUGGCUAUCUCUAAUCCUGUAUUUGCACACAGUCAAUUGCCUUCUCUGGUAAAAUUUGUUGAUCCUCUUCUCCGGUCACCUAUAGUAAGUGAUGUGGCCUACGAAACCUUUGUGAAGCUUGCCCAAUGUACAGCUUCACCGCUUUGUAAUUGGGCCCUUGACAUUGCCACUGCAUUACGCCUUAUUGCAACAGAGGAAGUCAGCAUUCUACUGAAUCUAAUUCCAGCAGUAGCUGAUGGAGAAGCCAAUGAAAGACCAUCUUUGGGCCUUUUUGAAAGAAUAAUUACUGGACUAUCUAUCUCAUGUAAAUCUGGACCUCUUCCUGUAGAUUCUUUCACUUUUGUCUUUCCGAUAAUGGAGCGUAUUCUGUUAUCUCCUAAGAAGACUGGACUUCAUGAUGAUAUUCUUCGGAUUCUCUAUUUGCAUAUGGAUCCCCAGCUGCCCCUUCCAAGGCUUAGAAUGUUAUCAGCUCUUUAUCAUGUACUCGGUGUUGUUCCUGCAUAUCAAGCAUCUGUUGGAGCAGCUUUGAAUGAAUUGUGUCUUGGUCUAAAACCGGAUGAUGUUGCUUCUGCUUUAUUUGGAGUUUAUGCGAAAGAUGUUCAUGUAAGAAUGGCCUGCUUAAAUGCUAUAAAGUGCAUUCCAGCUGUUUCUAACCGUUCUCUUCCUCGGAAUGUUGAGAUUGCAACCAGCAUUUGGAUUGCCCUACAUGAUCCAGAAAAGUCAAUUGCUGAAGCUGCGGAGGAUAUUUGGGAUCGUUAUGGACAUGAAUUUGGGACUGAUUAUUCUGGAUUAUUUAAAGCGCUUGCUCAUAUAAAUUAUAAUGUUCGUAUAGCUGCUGCUGAGGCGUUGGCUGCUGCAUUAGAUGAAAACCCAGAUUCUAUACAGGAAUCGCUUUCUACAUUAUUUUCCUUGUAUAUUCGUGAUGCUACUUCUGAUGAGAACAAUGUUGAUGCUGGGUGGAUAGGCAGACAAGGAAUUGCAUUAGCUUUACAUUGUGCUGCCGAUAUUCUCAGAACAAAAGACCUCCCUGUUGUUAUGACUUUCCUCAUAUCACGAGCACUGGCUGAUCCUAAUGCAGAUGUUCGAGGACGAAUGAUCAAUGCUGGCAUAGUGAUCAUUGAUAAGCAUGGGAAAGAAAAUGUUUCUUUGCUAUUUCCUAUUUUUGAGAAUUACUUGAACAAAAAGGCUUCGGAUGAGGAAAAAUAUGAUUUGGUUCGUGAGGGUGUUGUAAUUUUUACAGGAGCUUUGGCAAAACAUUUGGCAAAGGAUGAUCCUAAAGUCCACUCUGUGAUAGAGAAGUUGAUGGAAGUGUUGAACACUCCAUCAGAAGCUGUUCAACGAGCGGUAUCAGCGUGCCUAUCUCCGUUAAUGCAAUCAAAGCAAGAUGAUGCAGCUUCUCUUGUUUCUAAGGUGUUGGAUCAAUUGAUGAAGAGUGAUAAAUAUGGUGAACGCCGAGGAGCAGCUUUUGGACUGGCGGGAAUGGUCAAGGGAUUCGGAAUAUCUAGCUUAAAGAAUUAUGGCAUUGUUGCAGCAUUAAGAGAUGGCCUCGCAGACAGGAGUUCUGCAAAAUCUCGUGAAGGAGCUCUUUUGGCUUUUGAGUGCCUCUGUGAAAAGCUUGGAAAAUUGUUCGAACCGUAUGUGAUUCUAAUGCUACCACUACUAUUGGUGUCUUUCUCUGAUCAAGUAGUUGCUGUCCGUGAGGCUUCUGAAUGCGCUGCUCGUGCUAUGAUGUCUCAACUUAGUGCUCAGGGUGUUAAGCUCGUUCUUCCAUCACUUUUAAAGGGACUUGAGGAUAAAGCCUGGAGGACAAAGCAAAGCAGUGUACAGCUUCUUGGUGCUAUGGCUUACUGUGCUCCUCGACAAUUGUCACAGUGCCUCCCCACAAUUGUGCCAAAACUUACAGAGGUAUUAACCGAUACACAUCCCAAAGUCCAGUCGGCAGGUCAAACAGCACUUCAGCAGGUUGGAAGUGUUAUAAAGAAUCCUGAGAUAUCAUCUCUUGUCCCUACACUUCUUCUGGCUCUUACAGACCCCAAUGACUAUACCAAGUAUUGUCUGGACAUUCUCCUCCAGACAACUUUUAUCAAUUCAAUUGAUGCCCCUUCACUUGCGUUACUGGUACCAAUAGUUCAUAGAGGGCUAAGGGAGCGAAGCGCUGAAACUAAAAAGAAAGCUGCACAAAUUGUUGGAAAUAUGUGUUCUUUGGUUACAGAGCCGAAGGAUAUGAUUCCAUACAUUGGUUUACUUCUUCCUGAAGUUAAGAAGGUUCUUGUGGAUCCAAUUCCGGAAGUUCGCUCUGUUGCUGCAAGGGCUAUUGGCUCACUUAUAAGAGGAUUGGGUGAAGAGCACUUCCCAGAUCUUGUCCCAUGGCUGUUUGAUACACUAAAAUCUGAUACUAGUAACGUUGAACGCUCUGGAGCGGCUCAAGGACUGAGUGAGGUUUUGGCUGCAUUAGGAAUAGCAUACUUUGAGCAUGUACUUCCUGAUCUUAUCCGGAACUGUUCUCAUCAAAAAGCAUCUGUACGAGACGGCUACCUAACACUUUUCAAGUUUUUACCAAGGUCUUUAGGCGUUCAGUUCCAGAACUAUUUGCAGCAGGUGCUGCCUGCUAUCUUAGAUGGUCUUGCCGAUGAAAAUGAAUCUGUGCGCGAGGCAGCGUUAGGUGCUGGACAUGUCCUUGUUGAGCACUAUGCAACAACAUCUUUGCCUCUUCUCCUUCCUGCUGUGGAAGAUGGUAUCUUUAAUGAUAGUUGGCGCAUACGACAAAGUUCCGUGGAAUUGUUAGGAGAUCUCUUGUUUAAGGUUGCUGGAACUUCUGGAAAGGCUUUGCUUGAGGGUGGCAGUGAUGAUGAAGGUUCUAGUACUGAAGCGCAUGGACGUGCUAUAAUUGAGGUUUUAGGAAGAGAUAAACGUAAUGAAGUGCUUGCUGCACUAUACAUGGUUAGGACUGAUGUGAGCCUAUCCGUACGUCAGGCUGCCUUGCAUGUAUGGAAAACUAUUGUGGCAAAUACUCCAAAGACUCUCAAAGAAAUUAUGCCAGUUUUGAUGAAUACUUUGAUAGCUUCCCUUGCAUCAUCUUCAUCCGAAAGGCGACAGGUUGCUGGACGAGCAUUGGGUGAACUAGUGCGGAAGCUUGGUGAAAGAGUACUUCCUUCAAUUGUCCCAAUCUUAUCCAAGGGGCUAAAGAGUCAUGAUCCCAGCAGAAGACAGGGUGUAUGCAUUGGUCUGAGUGAAGUAAUGGCAAGUGCUGGGAGGAGCCAGUUGUUAAAUUUCAUGGACGAGCUUAUCCCAACAAUUAGGACUGCCCUAUGUGAUAGCAUGCCUGAGGUCCGCGAGUCUGCAGGCAUAGCAUUCAGCACACUGUACAAGAGUGCUGGAAUGCAAGCAAUUGAUGAAAUCGUUCCCACAUUGCUGCAUGCUCUGGAAGAUGAUAAAACUUCUGAUACUGCUCUUGACGGCCUCAAACAAAUCCUAAGUGUCAGAACUGCAGCUGUCUUGCCUCAUAUUUUGCCCAAGCUAGUCCAUCUUCCUCUAUCCGCUUUUAAUGCACAUGCUCUAGGGGCAUUGGCAGAGGUUGCAGGGCCUGGACUUAAUGUUCAUCUCGGUACUGUGCUCCCUGCUUUGCUUUCAGCAAUGGGUGGCGAGGAGAAGGAUGUUCAAUCUCUGGCAAAGGAGGCUGCAGAAACAGUGGUCUUGGUCAUAGAUGAGGAAGGUGUUGAAUAUUUGAUAUCAGAGCUGCUUAAAGGCGUUGGAGAUAGUAUGGCUUCGGUUAGAAGGUGUUCAUCUUAUCUAAUAGGAUACUUCUUCAAAAACAGCAAGUUGUAUUUGGUUGAUGAAGCUCCAAACAUGAUAUCUACACUGAUUGUCUUGCUUAGCGACACAGAUUCUGCAACUGUGGCGGUUGCUUGGGAAGCCUUAUCAAGGGUGGUUGGCUCGGUUCCAAAGGAGGUACUUCCUUCAUAUAUAAAACUGGUCCGUGAUGCUGUGUCUACAUCCAGAGAUAAAGAACGUAGGAAAAAGAAGGGAGGAUUAGUUCUCAUUCCUGGAUUCUGUCUCCCAAAGGCUCUUCAGCCACUGCUUCCAAUAUUUCUUCAAGGCUUGAUUAGUGGCUCUGCUGAUCUAAGAGAGCAGGCAGCACUUGGCCUUGGUGAGCUUAUUGAAGUCACUAGUGAACAAGCACUGAAAGAUUUUGUCAUCCCGAUAACAGGGCCUCUUAUCAGGAUUAUAGGCGAUCGGUUUCCUUGGCAGGUGAAGAGUGCCAUAUUAUCUACCUUAAUCAUCAUAAUAAGAAAGGGGGGAAUGGCUCUAAAACCUUUUCUUCCCCAACUUCAAACAACAUUUAUCAAGUGUCUACAAGAUAAUACAAGGACGGUUCGUACAAGUGCUGCCCUUGCACUUGGAAAGCUUAGUGCACUCAGUACUAGGGUAGAUCCUCUAGUUACUGACCUCCUUUCCAGUCUGCAGGUGUCAGAUGCUGGUGUAAGGGAAGCAAUUCUAAUGGCUUUAAAAGGCGUCCUAAAGUAUGCUGGGAAAAGUGUGAGCCUCACUGUCAAAAUUCGUUUAAUCGCUCAACUGAAUGAUUUAAUCCAUCACGACGACGACCAAGUUCGGCUUUCAUCUGCUAGCAUUUUGGGUAUCACAUCACAGUACAUGGAAGCUGCCCAGCUCAUUGACCUGCUUCAGCAACUCGCGAAUGCAGCUUCUUCUGCAAGCUGGGUUUCUAGGCAUGGUUCAGUACUUACUAUCUCUUCAUUGCUCAGGCAUAGUCCUACCUCUGUUAUGACUUCUUCUGAGUUCCCAUCUAUUGUGAAUUGCCUUAAAGAUGGCUUGAAAGACGAGAAGUUCCCUCUCCGAGAAGCCUCAACCAAGGCACUAGGAAGGCUUCUUCUUCAUGAAGUUCAAAGUGAUCCUUCAAAAACAUCUGCUCAUGUGGAUAUCCUUUCAUCAAUAGUCUCAGCUUUGCGUGACGAGUCUAGUGAAGUCAGGAGAAGGGGAUUGUCUGCUUUGAAAAUGGUCGCAAAAGCAAGUCCACCAUUCAUUAUAGCCAAUAUUUCACUUAUUGGCCCUGUACUUGCUGAAUGUUUGAAAGACAGUAGCACUCCAGUGAGGCUAGCAGCUGAAAGAUGUGCCCUGCACGCCUUCCAGCUGACAAAGGGUACAGAAAAUGUUCAAGCUUCUCAGAAGUUUAUCACUGGGCUGGAUGCAAGGAGACUUUCCAAGUACAAUGAGCAUAGUGAUGAUAGCGACGAUAGCGGAGAUGACUUGAAAAGUGGCUGAAAGAUUGUUGGUGGUCAUUCUACUUUUUGAAAUUGUUCUGGAACGUAAGUAAACAGCUCAUACCAUCAUGAUGAAGUUCAUUUAGCGGCAUCUUGUGUCUAUAGGGAUUUGAGUUAUAUACACAUUGUAGCAAGAUACAGGAUUUUGAUACCCAAAUUUUCUCACUUGGGUCUUAUUUAGCUUUCAAGUAGAGUCAUAUAAUAGAAAAUGGCACAUGUCGGUUCUUAUUUUUGUAUAAUUAUUGCAAUUAUCAGUUGAAAUAGGAAAGGCUAACUGUUAAAAAGACCCCUUUUUCUGUAAUUUAUGUUCAGUGUUACCAAGGUGACAAUUUUGUUCCAUGGCAAAAUAGUAUUAAAUACUCGAAAUGUAGCCAUUUCUAUCA